GGAAACCCGGUUUCCAUGCCCUAAGCUAGCCAUGCACUUCAAAUAAAACCCCACCUCCCUCCCCUCAUUCCAACACAAGGCUACGUACGUCACCUUUCUCUCUCUCCAUUUGUCUCUGAUCUUCCAACACCUUCUCCAGAGAAGAGACAAAAUGGAUCAUCAUUCCACUUCCAAAACCUCUCUCAUUCUUUUCAUAUCCCUCUCCUCCCUCCUCUUCCUCGCAACCGCCACGCGCAACAUCCACAUCGGCCGUCCCGACAUCCACUCCGACAUCACCGAAUUCUGCAAGAAAACCACCAACCCCGCCGUCUGCGCCCAGACCAUCCAACCCCACUUCCUCAAAAACAACCUCGACCCCUUAAAGGCACUCGACGUCGAAGUUGAUGCCACACUGGCCUCUGCCAAAAAAACCCUAAUCGACAUCCAAACCCUAGAAUCCAAAAAGGGCAUCACCAAAUCAAUCAAGGACUCGUUCGACACGUGCAAGGACCAGUACGGCAGCAUGCUCGACGCCAUCAAGGAAACAAAAGCCGCGAUUGCUAAGAAAGACAUCAUCACCGCUAAGUUCAAGUUUAGUGCUGUGUUGUCGUACCAAGGGGCGUGCAAGGACGCGUUUGAGAGUGGGAAAAUCCCGUUCUCUGAAGACUCUGACGCGGUUUACAACCUCGGAGGGAAUUGCUUGGAUAUUAUCGCUGACAUGGAGAAAGCUGCGGGUCCUCAGAAAAUGCCACCAGUGCAACAAACUCCUUCUGCAUUUAGCAACGUCAUCGGAACCAUAAAUUGAUAAAUAUAUAGAGAUUAAUUGGUGACGGAUCAUUUCUUUUACGUGUUGGUUUAACCGACCGUGAAUGAUCGUCGAUGAUGGAAUUGUAAGUGCAGUAUUGUGUGAUUUUUAUUUUUAGUAAAAUGAAAGUUUUGGUGUAGAGGAGAAUAAUGGAGAUUAAUUCCUCCUCCCCUCUAAAAUGUUACUGUCUUUGGUGAAUUAUUUUUUAAUAAAUCGUGAAUUUUAAUUAAUUACUAUUUGACUAUUAUUAUUAUGAGGAUUUAAAUUAUUUAAUUGUAUAUUAUGAGAAUUAAUGUAUAUUAUUUCAAAUAUACCAGGGAUUACGGUUUGAAAA